UAUUUGUAUUUUGCUAUGUACUAUGAUGAUGCUGAACAUUUUUUGGAUGUUUUAGUAUGUUCAGUUAUUAAGAAAUAUUUAUUUUUACAUGAAAUAACACAAAUUAAAAUUAUCUGUUACGUCGGGGUAGAAUGAGCAGCGUUUUGUGGGGUGUCAUCGCCAUGACAAACUGCACCAUAACCUAUAAAGUUGAGUUUAUUUACAAUCGUACAAGCAAACGGGGCUCUAUAUUUUUGGAAGUUUUUCGCGAAAAUUAAGUAGAAAUAAUGGUUCAGUGCUACAAAAGUGUCGGUAAAAAGAAACAGUGGUCGUUAACGAAUCUUCGUGCGGCGGUAAACGCAGUUAAUCAUCAAGGAUUCUCGAAAAAUAUAGCUAUUGAGUACGGUGUACCUCGCCAAACAUUGAAUCGAUACUUGCGAUGUCCGGAACACAAUGUGCGUGAAAAUACAAUGCCAACCGGCACAGUAUUUUCUCGACAGCAAGAAGAGGACCUAAUGCAGUACUUACUGGACAUGGACAAACGCCUGUAUGGCCUCUCUUUUCGAGAUUUGAGGAGCGUUGCGUAUCAAUUGGCCAUUAAGCAUCGGUUCAGUCGCAAAACACAGCUUGCAGGAUAUGAUUGGGCUUGCGGAUUUCGCAAACGACAUCCUCAAUUGGCUUUACGAUCCCCGGAACCAACGUCUGUCGCUAGAGCACAAGGGUUCAACAAGGUUGCCGUCAAUGGAUUCUUCGAUAUUUUGGAAGACAUUUUCGACAACACUAGGUUCCCUCCAAGCAGGAUAUAUAACGUUGACGAAACGUCGAUUCUAACCGUUCAAACAAAAACGUCCAAAGUUAUCUCUCUAAAAAGAAAGCGUCAGGUUGGAUGUAUUGCUUCGGCUGAUAGGGGAGUCCUAUCCACGGGUUGUAUAUGCAUGUCUGCAGCAGGACACUUCAUACCACCGAUGCUUAUUUUUCCUAGAGUACGACUGACGGGCCAAUUGAAAAAGGGAGCACCACCGGAAACACUAUUCAGCUGUAAUACUACGGGCUGGAUGACCAUUGAUGAUUUUUCUGCGUGGUUUGAUCACUUUUUGGCCCAUACAAGACCUACAGCAGGAAGUCCAGUGUUGCUGCUACUGGAUGGACAUGCAUCCCCCACAAAGAACUUGAAGUUCCUGGAUAAAGCCAAGCGUUCACAUGUAACGGUGGUUUCCAUGCCUCCCCACUGUAGCCACAGGCUUCAACCACUUGACGUCAGCUUCAUGGGACCUCUUAAAACUAAUUUGUCUCAAGUAAUUGAGAAGUAUUUGAAAAUGAACCCAGGCAAGGUCAUCACACUGAAUGAAAUUAGUGCACUGUUUGGAACAGCUUACCUUCGCUCAACAUCAGCUUCUGUUGCAGUGAACGGAUUCAACAAAACCGGCAUCGCACCUUUCAACAGAGCAGUGUUUACGGACGAUGACUUCGCACCAGCUGAUGUGUCGGAUAUACCGUUGACAGCGAACGGUGGAUCUUCGAGUAAUGAGACCACUACGGAGGAUAAAAACCGACAACAGUUUCAGGGUGUUAAUGAUGGCCUCGCAACAAUUGAUCUAACGAAAACACUCCCAAACACUGUUGAAGGUUCCCAAUGUGACGUCCAUUCCGACGACGAAGAUGGGCCAUUUCUAGGAUUCGAUGACGUUGACAUCACUACCAAGAAAAUAACGGGGAUUCCAACAAAGCGUUCGACACAGCUGAACAAGUCAUUUUCCGUAGGACCAACAGCAAUUCGUCCAUUUCCCAAAAUGGCAUUGAAGGAACGAAAGAGUGGUAGGAAGAAGGAAAAAUCUAAAGAACUGACAUCCAGCCCAUACCGAAAUGCUCUAAGAUCACUGCAAGCUGCUAAGGAAAUAAAGCAACUGAAGGUAUCAGAAAGAGCUUCAAAAAAGCCUCCUCAUGGCGCACCUAAGCCAAGACGUCAACAAAAAGAAAACCGAAUUGUACAAGAUGUACUAUGUGAAACUUGCGGUAUCUGCUUCAGUUCGUCAGGAAAUGGACGUGAUUGGGAAAAGUGUAGCAAAUGCUACAUUUGGUUUCACAAACUUUGCGCAGAGUCCUGUAUGGCUUGCCGUAAGUGAGUGCUUUGAAUUCGUUAUUCGUUCUAUGC